GCCACGUCAGCAGUGACAGGUCAGUGACACGUCAGCAGUGACACAUCAGCAACGGUGACACGUCAGUGCCAUGUCAGCAGUGCCACGUCAGUGCCACGUCAGCAGUGCCACGUCAGCAGUGCCACGUCAGCAGUGCCACGUCAACAGUGCCACGUCAGCAGUGCCACGACAGUCACAGUGCCACGUCAGCAUGACAGGGGCAGCCCUGGGCAUGCCAGGCCAACUGGCCAACGAGACUCUGGCCGAGUACAAACAGCGAUUCCAGGCUCAGAUCGAUCUGAUCGAGGCUGAGGAAAAGCGCCAGCUGGCAGCCGAGGCUGCCCGCGUACAGGCUGAAGCAGCGGCAGCAGCAGAGAAGUUGCGGCUACAGACCGAAGCAGACGCAGAUGCCCAGGCUCGCUGCAAGGAAGCCCAGGAUUUGCUGCAGCGGCAUGAAACCACAAGCAUCGACAGACUCAAGUUCUGGCACUUUGAACCGAACGGCGACGAGGCAACACCGGAGGAGAAGCAUAAGGAGUUCCUCUCCAAACUCGUGACACGGUUGUUGUAUGCUUGCAACUACCAACGGUCCGAGUUGGAGAGACAGAACCAGGAACUGCAACAGCUUUUCCAAGAUCUGACGCAACAACACCAUGAGUUGGCGAACCUCCGCCGGAUAGUGCAGAGCCACGAGGAUGCGACACGGGCACUUAACGCCCGUGUACUGGACCUGGAACAGGCUGUACCAGGACCAGGUGUUGGUGCUUCCAGCAGUGCACCCUCUAGCCGCCAACUAGAGCAACGCGUUAACCACGUAGUGGCAAUGCUCGGCGACAUCAGCACCUUCGCUGCGUCGACCACCAUCAGCAGUCAGCUGCAUACCUCGCAGACCGAGGUCCAGCAGCUGCAGUCGACGAACACGGAUGGCAAUCCUAAGUUGUACAAAAUGCCAACUUUCCAACUGGAAAAGUUCGACGACUACACGCAGCAGGAUCCGACCCUCUGGUGGGAGGCAUUCACGACGCAACUCAGGAUCCUGCCUGUCGCUAAGCACGCGUACAUCAGCGCCCUGUUCAUGAACUCAAAGGGCGGAUGCCAGACCUGGUUGACCCACCUGGCAACCUCCCACGGCGUCGACGUACCUGACUUGAAGGACAAGAUCACAUGGGAGGAACUGACACGGCUGUGGAAGAAGCGGUUCAUCAUCGACGACGCGUCGGCACUCGCCAUCAACCGCCGGAAAUGGACAGCCAGUACAAGUUCCAUGGGUCAAGUUCGGCUUGACCGAGGCGGAGUACAAGGUCCGCGGCCGCUACGGCARCUGCUAUUGGUGCAACAGCACCAAGCACAAGACCUCCCUGUGCCAGGAUCAGGGCAAGGAGGAUGUGCGACCCCGCCUCAACUCCGGAAACUGAGUUUCGCGGAAGGUGAGGCGACUCCACCUUCUACUCCGCCAGAUUCGGCCGCCUUGCUAGCGGCCUCCUGCACAUCUGGGGAGAAUGUGAAUGUGGCAAGUUCUCGUUACACUUACGAGGACUAUGUUGUCCACUUGGUUCCACCGCUGGACCAACCGCUCCACGUGCAACAAUCCAUCGCAUGCACGGUUUCAUCACCAUCGGCAACCGAUUCAGCAGCUUCGCCGCAAUCUAUCGCCGGGGAUUCGCCGUCAUGGUCAAGACUUGAAGAGCUCGACCCGUUGACGUUCACGGACUUCCAACGGAUGCCCGUUCCCUCGACCGGACGAUUGCUGAAACCUCAUUGCAACAUGCUCAUGGCACAAUUGCGGGAUUACUUGCACAUUGCAGUACCAGCUCCGUUGAUGGACGCCGGAGCAGAGGUUGUCGACCUUCACGCCUACAUUGCGAAGAUCGACCGCGAGUUCAAGACGCAACGGUACGACGACAUCGACGCACCAUCGCUAUACGUAUGCAUUCAGAUCGGAGAAGCGACCUGCAGCGCUUUGAUCGAUUGCGGUGCCACUCGCAACUACAUCAGCCAGGACUUCAUGGUACGCGCCGGUCUUGGCCCACGCGUCCGGAGGAAGUCCCAGCCUACGCAAGUCACGUUGGCAGACGGUCAUACACACAAGUCAAUCGACCAGUGCAUUGAUGCUGUCCCCGUGUACUUUGCCCCUCACGCAAGUGAGGUGGUGUCCUUCGAUAUUCUGGACACCAAAUUUGACAUGAUCUUGGGUAUGUCAUGGCUGCAAAGCAAGGAUCACCCGGUGAACUUCUUCAACCGCACCGUUCACGUUCGUGAUCGGAACGGAGUAUUAGUUUCAUGCACGGUGCCUCUUCCUCAUCCUUCGAUCAGCUGCCACGUGGUAUCCGCCGCAAGCAUGCGAGCUUCCAUCAUCAGAGACGACAUCGAGGAGAUGGGGGUGUGUUUUCUCCACGUCCUCCCGCCCCGAGACGCUUCAUCGACGGACUCAUCUUCGGAUCCACGCAUCACCGAACUUCUCGACGCCUACAGCGACGUGUUCGAAGGCCCGCACGGAGUAGUACCGGAUCGGCCCAUCCACCACGAGAUCAUCCUCGAGGACGGGGUCGUACCUCCGCGCGGUUGCAUCUACCGAAUGAGCGAGGAAGAGUUAAGUGUGCUUCGCGCACAACUGGACGACCUUCUAGAGAAAGGCUGGAUUCGGCCUAGCUCAUCGCCAUACGGUGCUCCUGUUCUUUUCGUCCGGAAGAAGAACAAGGACCUGCGGUUGUGCAUCGAUUAUCGCAAGCUCAACGCGCAGACGAUCAGGAACGCCGGCCCUUUCCCACGCAUCGAUGACCUUCUCGAGCGAUUGGGCGGCGCCCAGUUCUUCUCUAAGCUGGGUCUCAAGUCAGGGUAUCACCAACUCGAGAUGCGCAAGGAGGAUCGCUACAAGACCGCGUUCAAGACACGGUAUGGGCAUUUCGAAUGGCUGGUUAUGCCGUUUGGCCUUACGCAUGCCCCAGCCACUUUCCAAGCGGCUAUGACAACGGAGUUCCAACACAUGCUGGAUCGGUUUCUACUCAUCUACCUCGACGACAUCUUGGUGUACAGUCGGAGUUUGGACGAGCAUGUGGAACACCUGCGCACCGUUUUGGAGCGGCUACGACAGGCCAAGUACAAAGCAAACCGCGACAAGUGCGAGUUCGCACAGCAGGAGCUGGAGUACUUGGGCCACUAUGUGACGCCGAAAGGCAAGAUCGAGGCCCUACGAGUGUGGUCCGAGCCCACCAACACCACGGUCGUUCGUUCAUUCAUGGGGUUGGCGGGCUACUAUCAGCGAUUCAUCACCGGAUAUUCCAGGAUUGCUGCACCUAUGACGAGGUUACAGUCGCCAAAGGUGCCAUUCGUAUUAGAUGACGACGCACGCCGGUCAUUCCAAGCACUUAAGACGGCGAUGCUCAUGGCACCCGUCCUUAGCAUCUAUGACCCCACCUUGCCGACGAGAGUGACUACGGACGCUUUCGGCUUUGGCAUUGGGGCAGUCUUGGAACAGCACGACGACGACGACUGGCACCCUGUGGAGUGCUUCAGCCACAAAGUGCCUCCCAUCAACUCGCUUGAUGAUGCAAGGAAGAAGGAGCUACUCGCGUUCAUCAUGGCUCUCAAGCGAUGGCGACACUUCCUCCUUGGGCAUCGUAGGUUCACAUGGGUGAUGGACAACAAUCCAUUGACCUACCACAAGACGCAGGAUACGGUGAGCAGCACGAUCGGACGAUGGAUGUACUUCAUCGACCAGUUUGACUUCACACCGAAACAUCUUCCUGGCAUCUCCAAUCGCGCAGCAGAUGCACUCUCGCGAAGACCUGAUCUUUGCGCUAUGACUCAUCAUGCCUUCGCGUUCGACGAGGAGCUUCAGCGACACUUCAUCUGGGCAUAUCAAUCUGAUCCGGACUUCGCCACGCUAUAUGCACAGCUAUCUUCGGAUCACCCGCCGGCCAGCCAUUACGACAUUGCCGACGGGUACUUGCUCCUCCACUCGAGAGGCAAGGACUUACUAUGUGUCCCACGCGACCGUCGUCUUCGGACUCGCCUCCUCGGCAAGUAUCAUGAUUCGCGACUCGCCGGCCAUUUCGGAGUCAGCCGCACUAUUGCACGGCUUCGACAGCGAUUCCGAUGGCCUGACCUCAUUACCGAUGUCACUCGGUAUUGCGACUCAUGCGAAGUUUGCCGACGCAGCAAACCCCGCAACCGCAAUCCCUAUGGCGAGUUACACCCGAUGCCUAUCCCACGGGAACCCGGUCUCUCCAUUGCCAUGGACGUCAACGGUCCAUUCCCUCGCAACCGGCUCGGGCACGACGGCAUCCUCACGGUUGUGGACCGAUUGAGUAAGUACGCGCGUUUUCUUCCUUGCAAGUACUACUCCACGGCUCCCGAGCUAGCACGCCUCCUGCACACUGGUUGGAUUUGUGGCCACGGUGUACCAGAAGACAUUGUCAGCGACCGCGACACUCGUUUCAUGUCAGCAUUUUGGACUGCUCUCAUGCAGGAGUCCGGCACGAUGAUGAAACCAAGUUCGGCUCGGCAUCCACAGACAGACGGGCAGACGGAGCGGGCACAUCAAACCGCUCAAAUGAUGUUUCGUACGCUCAUCCGUCCGGACCAGAAAGAUUGGGUUGAACGCCUCCCCGACAUCGAGUUCGCCUACAACACUUCGGCGCUCCCGGCGAUCGGCGUGACUCCAUUCGAGUUGCACCACGGUGGAGGGAAAGGCCGUAUCUUCGCCGACCUUCUCCUCCCUCGACCAGCCGACAUUGACGCCGCUUGCUCCCCCGCUUCCGUUCGGAAGUACAGGGACUUGCUGACUCAAGCCCACGCAAAUAUGCAAAAGGCUCAAGUCCGCAUGCAGCAGCAAGCCAACAGGCAUCGCGUGCCAUGUCCUAUCCGCGCCGGUGAUCUGGUUUGGGUCUCCACGGAAGAGUUUGCACUGGAACAGGAUGUUUCACGCAAACUACUUCCCAAGUGGUUUGGACCAUGGUCUGUGACAGCAGCAGCGGGCGAUGAGCCCGAUGGCCCUUCAUUUGUGAUCAACAUUCCAGAGCAUCUGACGGUCCAUCCAGUCUUUCAUGCCUCGAAGCUGGCAACUUACACGUCAGCCAAGAGCGACAACUUUCCGGGCCGACGAUCGCAAGACCCUCCUUCUAUGGAUGGUCAUCAGGAAGUUGACCGCGUCAUCACCGAUCGCAAGUACGGCAGCAGGCCGCGGCAGUACAAAGUCACAUUCAAAGCAUGCGAUCGCGACGACACUCGGUGGAUUUCAGGCGCAGAUUUGAAAGCAUCCGCACCGCUCAUCUACUCGCAUUAUGAAAAGCGGAGAUUAGCUCAGGAAGCUUCACGACCAGCCCCUCCCACCCGGACUGUGGUCCCUCCCUCAGACAGACAGCUUCGCCCUCGCAGGUAAGCUCGGUCUUUCAAGGAGGGGGGGGGGUGGCAUACUGCGUAGCCACACGGGCCCUGCAGG